AUGCCCUUGGACCCUGUGGCUUGCACCGAAGACAUCCUGUAUCAGCCCCCUCGACCACCUAGAAUUCAUUGCGGAAAGACUUCAUCUGUUUCUCUCCCUGGUGCGGACCGCUUUCCCCAUCCUGAUCUGCUGCGGAAACUUCAGUCUCUCGGCAUCUUGACAGGGACCGCGAAGCGCUCCUCUCCACAGAACCCGAGACUCCCGAAAUACUUGAUGAGUCUCUCAGAUUUGUACAGCGGCUUUGUCUCAACUGGAGCGCCCCAUGGGCAAGAAGUUCCAUCAAGGGUGCGAACCAGCCUUACGAGGCCUCCUUCUAGAAAUGCUGCCGCCGCUCGGUCUGUAGUUUAUCGACCGCCCCACGCCGCGCGGGAACUCCCAUCCUACACAUCUCAACUCCAAAGCCGCCAAAAACCUCAGCUUCAACAUCCGCGCCAGCGGCUCUAUGUGUUCGAGCCCUGCCCGUAUCGAAUGAUUUCCGAAUUGCCACGCAUGUACCUCGACGCUGAUAUAGCGAAGCCCCUCGCAGUGCGCGAAGAGCGGGCGAAGACGAGCUUCACUACUGUAGGGCGCUGGCUGCUCCAACAGCCUGGUGUAUCCCUCGACAUGCAAAACCCGGAUACGACGAUAGGCUCUUUGCUCGGGUAUACGAUCCAGAAAUUCGCACAACAUACGCAAGCACUCAUCGUUCCGCACGACGAUCGCUCGGGAGGCAAAGAAGACCGGCGCGCUCUCGCGAAACACCUGCUGGUCCACAUAACACCAGGGCGGCAGCAAGGCCGGGAACAUGUAUCGUGCGAGAGGCAGGGACAUCAAGCGGAGCCAGAAAGCUUUGGCCGCCUCUCGGUUUGGGAACGGGUCUGCGGCACAGGGCGAGCAGUGGUUUUCGACACAGUUCCGCCGGUGAAAGAGCGCUUUGAGGCGAGCCCAUCGUUCCAAGAGCGUCGUGCGGGCUGCGGCGGGAGACGCGGUACGGGGAUAUUGCGAUCGUGA